AUAAUGCUCAGUAAGUGUUAACAUCGUGAUAUGAUUGCGCAGCACAGGCAUAGCGAGAUAACGAGAUGAUCAACCGUUCGAUAUAUUCUCUUGAGUAGUUCAAUAGAAAAACAGCUUUUAUCACCCUCAGUGGUCGGUAUAAGGAGAAGGUAAUGGAUUUUACCUUCAAGUACCGAGCGUCGUAGAAGUAAGUUUUGAUAAAUACGAAUAGGGGGGAAGAUAUUUUACUCGAUAACAGCCAUUGGUGAUGCGUGAACUGCAGUUCAUAUCAUCCGAAUGAGGAACGGUUAUUGCAAAGAUGGCUGUAAGUACAGAAGAUCGUAUACGGAUCAGUUCGAACUGCACAGUUGAUUUACUUGCCAAACUUGGACAAGGGGCAUUUGGCACCGUGUACAGAGGCGAACGGAAAGAUGGCACUCCAGUUGCUAUUAAACAGAUUACAAGUGACUCGAUGGAAGAAACAAUGGAUGGAAUGGAAGAAAUUAAAAUCCUCCAAAAGUUGACCGAUCAUGCUAACGUGGUGAAAUUCCAUGAUUUCCAUUUUUUAAAGAAGUCAUUUUGGCUCGUAAUGGAAUUUUGCGAUGGUGGCGAUCUUGAAAAUUACUUUAAGAAAGUCGAAGGAAAACUCGAUAUUGCUGUAAAAGUGGAUUUCAUGCAUCAACUGGCCAAUGGGGUAAAACAUCUCCAUGAUUCCAAACUAGUCCACCGUGAUUUAAAACCAGGAAAUACGUUGAUAAGUUAUCAAACUGGAGUAGCAGUCUUGAAG